CACAAAAAAACAAUGACAAAAAAACCUCCAAGCUCCCUUCAGUAGUUGCUACACCUUCAGAUUGAGACAUCCGUCCUUAUUUGCAAACCUCAGCUGUGUCUGGGGGCAGGGCCACAGUGAAACUGCCAGGAGCAAAAAGGCUUCCAAGGAAAAGUACCACAUCAGACUGGAAACUGGGGACAGAUCAAUCCUGGGAUGUGACGGGCUCUCUCUCCAAAGGAUCCACGGACCAAAGCUGACAGUUUCUUUACUUGCAGGGAGCUGACAGAAUUUACUCCUGAAGACCAGAAACAUGGCUUGUACCAUCCAAAAGGCAGAAGCGCUCGACGGGGCUCGUUCGAUGCAGAUCCUCUGGCAUGACGAGGUAGAGUCUCUCUACCCAGCUGUAUGGCUGCGGGACAACUGCCCGUGCUCCGAUUGCUACCUGGAUUCUGCAAAAGCACGGAAACUUCUCGUCGAAGCUCUUGAUGUGAACAUUGGAAUUAAAGGCUUGACAUUUGACAGAAAAAAGGUGUACAUCACAUGGCCCGAUGAGCAUUACAGUGAAUUCCAGGCUGAUUGGCUGAAGAAAAGAUGCUUUUCCAAGCAGGCCAGAGCACAGCUCCAAAGAGAAUUGUUUUUGCCAGAAUGUCAAUACUGGGGCUCAGAGCUCCAGCUACCUACUCUGGAUUUUGAAGAUGUUUUACGAUAUGACAAACACGCAUACAAGUGGCUCUCCACCCUCAAGAAAGUAGGCAUAGUACGACUCACCGGAGCAUCUGACAAACAAGGAGAAGUUUUAAAACUUGGGAAAAGGAUUGGUUUUCUCUAUCUCACAUUUUACGGACAUACUUGGCAAGUGCAAGAUAAAAUCGAUGCAAACAAUGUGGCUUACACAACUGGGAAGCUAAGCUUUCACACUGAUUAUCCAGCCCUCCAUCAUCCACCUGGGGUUCAGCUUCUUCACUGCAUAAAGCAAACAGUCACAGGUGGUGAUACAGAAAUUGUAGAUGGGUUUAAUGUGUGCCAAAAGCUAAAGAAAAAAAAUCCUCAGGCAUUCCAGAUUUUGUCCUCUACCUUUGUGGACUUUACAGACAUUGGAGUGGAUUACUGCGAUUUUUCUGUUCAAUCAAAACACAAAAUUAUAGAGUUAGAUGAUAGAGGCCAAGUGGUUCGCAUCAACUUCAAUAACGCAACUAGGGACACAAUAUUUGAUGUGCCAGUUGAAAGAGUUCAGCCUUUUUAUGCGGCUCUGAAGGAGUUUGUUAACCUCAUGAACAGCAGAGAAUCCAAGUUUACCUUCAAGAUGAAUCCAGGUGAUGUGAUUACUUUUGAUAACUGGCGCUUACUUCAUGGCCGACGUAGCUACGAAGCAGGAACUGAGAUAUCCCGCCAUCUAGAAGGAGCUUAUGCCGACUGGGAUGUGGUCAUGUCAAGGCUUCGUAUUUUAAGGCAGAGGGUCAAGAAUGGAAACUGAAAUCUCCUGUCUAUAAUUUUAGUAAGAUUCCAAUGAGGAUAUUUUGUAAGAUAUGGCACAUUAUUCAAAGACCAUGAUCUGGGUCAUUUACAUAAAAUUUCCUUAACAAUGAACAUGUAACUUCUCUCACAAGAGUACUCUACUUUGUAAUCAUAUACAAUGUCAACUUUUUAGAUGUUUCAGCACUCUUUUGCAAAUAAAGCAUCUUUUCUGCUCUGUCACAUGCAUGCUGUAAUUUCUUUUGCCCAUAUAUGAGUAUCUCCAGAAUGUCUACAAAUAGAUUUUGUAGCAAAUGAAACAUUUCUUCAAAUAAGCCUUUUGUUUCAAAUAAAACUUGUCUUAAAACAUGCUUC